CACCGUCAAUGAAUAAAAUAAUCAAAAAAGAAAAAUAUAUAAUGCUGAUACCAUUAACUCCCUCCUCACAAUACACUCCAUUCCGUCUCAUCUCUCAACCCGAGGAUUCAUAUUGAAUAAUUGAUUGAUUCAUUUUGCAAUUGAUUUUUUCAUUUGGAAUUUGAAGAUUUUUGGCCACGUUUGGUAUCAAGAUGCGGUUUAAUUAAUUUGAAUUUGCGACGUAUAAAGUCUAUUCGAAUUCGUAUUCUCUAUUACAACCUGAAAUCUCUAAUUAAGGGGAGGAACAAUUGAAGGAUGAGUUCUAUUUGGUGUGAGAAAGGGAUAAUGAAUGAGAGAUUUUGCUUCGAAAAUGAAACAAAUCUUACAGUUCAUAAGAGUUCAUUGUUCUACCCUGGUGACGGCUUCAUUGUUUACAAUUCAGGUGGUGAAAUCGUUUUUCGGGUCGAAUCGUACUGCCCCGAUUCACGACCCAAGGAAGAACUCGUUCUCAUGGAUUCAGCGGGCUCUUCUCUUGUCACUCUCCACCGCAAGAAGCCAAGCCUUCAUCAAAGGUGGGAAGGAUUUCUUGGAGAGAAAAAAGAAGGACAAGAACCACUUCAGCAUUUACAAGUCAUCAAUAAUAGGACAAUAUGAUAUAAUAGCACAAGUCUACAGUAAUAGUACUGAUCAUCCAAUUCAAGAAUUCAACAUUGAAGGCUCAUACAUACAAAGAAACUGCACCAUCUUGUACAAUCCUACCAAAACAGAUCAGAGUGAAGAAGCUAAAGUGGUUGUAGCUGAAAUCAAAAGAAAAAUGGAGCCAGACACAAAUGUUGUAAUGGGCAAAGAUGUUUUCUUGUUGUGCCUCAAGGCUGGUAUUGAUGGGGCAUUCAUCAUGGCUUUAGUACUUGUCCUUGAUCAAGUGGAGGGACAUGAUUUUAAAGAGGGAAGCGACAAGGUUAAUUUCACGUAUGAUCACUGAAUGUCAUUUUACUAGAACAGUAAAAUCACUAAUAUUUUCUUGCAUUAGAAUUAGUAACUGAACUUUACUUACGAUAGCAGUAAAGUCACAAAUCUUGACUCACACUUUAAUAUUAAAUUCAUCUUGAUCGGUG